UUUUAUUUUUUGAAUUUUUCACUUGAAUCGAGUGUGCGAGAAUUCCCUAAUAUGGCGGAUAUGGAGCCAAUGGAUCAAAAGAAACUCCUCGAGGGUAUUUGCCAAUCGGAUUGUGCAAAGCCUAAGCAUGGUUAUGAGGAAUGUGUGAAGAGGAUUUCAGGUGAUGAUACUGGAACCAAGCACUGCACUGGACAAUACUUUGACUUCCUGGCUUGUGUUGAUAAAUGUGUUGCCCCAAAGUUAUUCUCAAAGCUGAAAUAACUAGGAGCUUGCAUAUGG